CACAAUGUCAUUUGUAGGUUUUUUAUUAGUAUAUUUUUCGAUUUUUGCUACAAUCAAUCAAACACUCUGAAAGCAAAAACAAAAUCAAACGCAGUGUCUGAGACCCUCAUCAUCGCCAUUUUUUUUUUUGGGUAGAACAUCAUCGCCAUUAUGUGAAGCAGAUCCACACUCUCAACCUCGAUUCGAAGAACCUCUUUGGUCUCUCUCUCGCAAUAAACAAAACCUUAAAAAACAAAACAAAAACCCAACAAACAAACACACUAGAAUAAACAACAACGAAAAAAAAAACCAUGGCCGUGGUUGAAAAUGGAGGGGUUGUUUCAAGCCGAAACUUCGAGACGCCAUCACAGGAAUCAUCCAACGGUCACGAUCAGCAGCCCAACAACAGCAAGCACACCCACGUGCGACUCAACCACAACCACCACAUCAUCAACGGUGACGGUGGUGGUGGUCCGAUUGUGAUGUCCCACCACGAUCAGGCGCUGUACAUUACUCCCACAUCGGCACAGCAGAUCGGGGCCCACCGAUCCAACGGCGGCGGUGGUGAUUCAGCGACUGUCUCCGCCGUUGAGAGCUACAAUCGGGAUAUGAGAGAGUUACAAGAACUAUUCUCUAAGUUGAACCCUAUGGCUGAAGAGUUUGUGCCUCCUUCGCUAGCUAAUAACAACCAAGGUUUCAAUUUGAAUGCUGGGUUUUACCCUAACAACCUGGUAAUGCAAAGCAACAACAGAAAUGGAUUUGUUAAUGGCAGCAACACUGGCAGAAGGAAGAAGAAUUUUAAUCAAGGGAAACGAAGAAUGAAUGCCAGGACAAGUUUGGCUCAGCGAGAAGAGUCAAUUAGGAGAACUGUGUAUGUGUCUGACAUAGAUCAACAGGUCACUGAAGAACAGCUUGCAGCUCUGUUUGUCAAUUGUGGACAGGUUGUUGACUGCCGUAUAUGUGGUGACCCCAAUUCCGUACUUCGUUUUGCCUUUGUUGAGUUUACUGAUGAAGAAGGUGCAAGGGCUGCUUUAAGUCUGGGGGGGACUAUGCUUGGAUUCUAUCCUGUGAAGGUGCUGCCUUCUAAAACAGCUAUUGCACCAGUUAACCCAACCUUUUUGCCUAGGACUGAAGAUGAACGUGAGAUGUGUGCGAGAACUAUCUAUUGUACAAAUAUUGACAAGAAGGUUACUCAAGCUGAUGUCAAACUCUUUUUCGAAUCAGUCUGUGGAGAGGUUUAUCGCUUGAGGCUACUUGGGGACUAUCACCAUUCCACUCGUAUUGCCUUUGUUGAGUUUGUAAUGGCUGAAAGUGCAAUUGCUGCUCUCAACUGUAGUGGAGUUGUUCUAGGUUCAUUGCCGAUUAGGGUUAGCCCAUCAAAGACACCUGUGCGCCCUCGUGCUCCUCGUCUUCCCAUGCAUUAAAUCAAUCAUCUUUGGCACCCGAGAAUGAUUUACCGUUCCAGUUUAAAUAUAUUUAAAUACACACACACAUCAUGUAAAGAUUUCCAUCUCUGGUUGUCUGUUUAAUAUAUAUACUUGUCCACUGCGGCCAUGCUAUGAUAUCUUUUGUUAUCAUAGGGUUAAUAUUUUGUUUAUUCUAGCAUAUAUAGAGUUGGAUAGAAUCUCUGAGGCUUUAAAAGAUUUCAUGUAUUUGCUCGUUAAUAUGGAUUUGGAUUUUCCGUAGAUUAAGCAAUGCUAAGUUUAUUACUCAUGAAAGUCUUUUUGUGACA